UGAACGGUUUAAGUCUUCAAGUACAUAGCACGCAAAACGACUAUACAAUAAAAACAGUGCAGAGGAAAAAACACUUUCCCCGUUGCCACAAAAAUAUUAUCCAUCUCGUAUCUUAUGGCACUUUCAGUUUCUUCUACUUCAACAUUUCCAUGCCCAAUUUGUCACGACAAUCAAACCGUACGACUCAACAGCUCAACCAGACGUCAAAUUCGAAACCCAACCCUACUUCUGAGGUGUGAAUCAUCUUCAGCCGACUCGGGGUUGCCAGCAAGAAGCUCAAGGCUCGAAAUAGGGUCUCCUAUAAUUGUGGUUGAAGCACCCAAAAUGAUAAAGACUGCAGCAUCAGUUCCAUGCCUCCGAGUCAAUUCUGGCUUGGUCAAGCCUGGAGAUGUUGGAAGAAUUGUUUCAAGAAAACCCAAGGACGUGUGGGCUGUUCGUCUGGCUAUUGGCACCUAUCUCUUGGAUGGGAAAUACUUCAAAGCUUUGGAGUUUGAUGAAUGAUUCAGAACAUAGCUUGGGAGCUUCUAUAGAUUGUGCCUAUAAUUUGAUUUUGGAUUUCAAUAAAAAUUUUGCUUAAUUUCAAUGUAAUUGGUUGUGUAAUUGGUAGGGAGCUUCUUUCAACUAUUUAUUUUUUUAA